UCUCCUAACACCUGAGCCUAGGGCGCCUCCAUCAUGCCGUUCGUGAGCAGCUACGAGAAGAGUUUCAGCGGAACCUCAUCCUUCCCCAGGACGAUUCUACUGUUAUUUUCUUUCCCCGGCUCUCCUAUAGUCUAGAUCCUACGGGUCUGGAUAUUCAUCCUACGAGAGAAAACCUAGCUGGGAGCGUCCCUCAUCCCUUUACUCCACAUCGGACUCAUCCUACUCUAAACCAAGCUAUUCAACUUCAAAUGUCUACAUGGCGUCCAGAUCCAGUAACAAUCUUUCGUCUAGUCCAGCCUACUCUUGGAGAGAUAGUAUUAAGACGGAUAAACCAUCCUACGAAAAACCUUCUAGGUUCGGAGAAGAGAAAACUAAUCUUUACAGUGAGAAACCAUCUAGACUUGCAGAAGAUAGAUCAAACUAUCAGGAUAAAGUUUCCAGGUUUGAUACUACUAAACCGUCCUACUCCUGGAGAGAUAAUUUAAGAACUGAAAAACCCUCCUAUGAGGAGAAACCUAAGUACAGUGAAGAUACCAGUAGUAAACCUUACUCCUGGAGAGACAGCUACAGAAGUGAUAAAACCUCGUAUGAGGAGAAACCUGUUGUUGAAAGUAAACCUGCAUAUUCUUGGAGAGAUUCUUUAAGGACGGAUAAAGGAUUAGAAUCCUCUAAUAUUAGUAAAGCACAAGAUAUUUUAGAUGAUAAUAGAUUAAGUAGAACACUGGAAAGACGAGCAUCAAAGAAGGAAACAGUUCCUGGAUAUGAAAGUGCACUUCAGAGAACCCUGGACAGAUCAUCAAACAUUUCAGAGAGAAUAGAGCAAACCUUGAGCAAACACAAUGCAAGCAGUUAUCAGGAACCUUCGGUCUGGAGAACUAGAGAGCAGAGCACAGCUAGGACGGAUAGUCAGGAUCCAUCAAGAUCCAAGUACCUACAGGACAGAGGAACCUCUCCUGAAUCUGAUGUUGUGCAGGUGAGUAGGAUAGGACGGGACUCAGAACCAUAUUCAGUUCGGUUAACUAAAUAUGUGAACCCUGUGAAACAAGACAUAGGUUUACAAACUGAACAAUAUUAUCUCAAGAAAAGAUCUGAAGCAGAUUUAGAAAGUUUUGAUUACUUUGAUCAUGUCAAGAAAACUAUGCAAUAUAUCACAAAUAAUCCAGUUGAAAAGCAAAAACUAGAAGAACGAAUAGAACUGUUUAACUCUACUGAUAAGGAAGAAAAGUUCUCCUAUAAAAAGGCCGGUAUGACGGGAUUCCUUCCAAACCAAGAACCUGCCAGCACACCGAAAUCUUAUUCAAACGGAGUUAAAGAACCGGAACCUUUAGAGGAGAGAAAACCAUUCAGGUACAGUGAUAGGCUUCAUAGUUCCAACUCAAGCUCCGGAUACGGACAUUCUCCAGUUCCUACUGGAUUCGAAACUCUUAAUGGUAACUCGACCAGUGAUACUAGCAAUGUAACCAAUACUACCAACGGUUACGAGUCUGAAUACUCUUCAAGAAAGAAACAAUUAAAUCAAGAUCCACUCAGUUACCUGGACUCAAUGGAUCUGGAUUCAGACAAAGAAGAAGAAGAAGUAAAACCUCCUGAUAAAGUCUAUGAGUUCGAGACGAAAACAAUUAAUAAAAAGGAAGAUGAUAAGGAAGAAAAGGAGGAUAAAAAUGAAGAGGAAGAAGAAGAGGAAGAGGAGGAGGGAGAUAACUCUGAAAAAAUAUUAAACGGACGGCUAGAAAUAGGUAUUACAAUUAAUGAUCCAAAACCAUCCUAUACUAUAGAUAAACAUGAAGAACAAGAGAAACAAAAUGAAGCAAACACUUUUAUUGGAGCAACAGUUGAUAUUGAUGAUCUAUUAUCUAGAACUUCUCAUUUCUUUGCAUACGAUGGAUCCCCUGUAGAGUUCGAACAGGAGGCGACUGUUGAGGUCGGAGAUAUCAAGGAAGCUAAAGAAGCUCCGGGUGGUGAUCUGAGUACUAAUCCUACACCUAAACAUUCAUCCAAAUAUCUUGAUGACGCGCCAUGGUGGGAAAAUAAGAAGGACGAGGAUGAGGAAACGGAAGAGAAAGGAGAACACAUAAACGAGGAGGAAGGGUCGGAACAGAAAGCUACAAAGAAUGAAGAUUAUUAUGAAGAGGAAGGAGUGGAGGAAGAGGAGGAAGAUGAAGAGGAGGAUGAGGAGGAGGAAGGAGAAGAAGAAGGCGACUGGGAAUAUUAUUACAGUGAUAAUGAUGAACGUCCAGAAGAAGAGCAGUUUGAAUCAGUAAAAGAAGAAAUCCCAAACCAAGAAGAGAAGGAUGAAAAAGCAGGAUGGAUUAUGGAUUGUAUGAAACAGAUAAUUCCCAGUAUACCAACUAAACCUGCAAAGAAGGUUGAGGAUUCAGAUGACUCUGAUGACCAGGAUUAUGCAAACUUUGAUGAAAUCAAGGUUGUGGAGAACGUUUACUCCGAGUACCAUGGUUACAGAGAUUGGCUAAAAGAUGCAACGGUUGAGAUAGGAAAAGAACCCUUGCUCCAGGAACUAGAAACUUCUGACCAAGUAUCCCCUCAGGACCUGGAGAACCCCCAAACUGAGAAUAAGAUGAAAACCAAAGCUAAAAACCUUGUACAAAAGUUGAAUGAAUCCGACGAUACUGCGCUGAAACAAGUUCUCUUUUCCCUUAAAUCUCUGUUUCAAUCCGAAUCUGAUUUAGUUUUUGAAUUUGUGGAGGAAGGAGGAUUAACUAGACUAGUAGAUCUAGGGAUAAAUCAGAACGAAUCACAACUACAGAACUUUGUUCUCCGGGCUCUAGGACAACUGAUGCUUUAUGUUGAUGGGAUGAAAGGAGUUAUGGAACAUAUUUCUGCUAUUGAGUUACUCUAUAAGCUGAUUUCCUCUCAAAAUAAGCUGGUAGUUAAGACUGCUAUCAAGUUACUUCUUGUUUUUAUAGAUUAUAACGAGUCCAACUACCUCAUUCUACUUCAAGCAAUCAACAACGUAGCAACACAGGACGAAGGAAUCCCUUGGAGUUAUCUCAUCAAAUUAAUGACCAAUGAAAACUUUGACCCUGAGCUCGCCACCUUUGCUCUAACGCUCGUGAAUAAAACGUUAUAUGAGAUAGAUGAUCAGAAUACAUUCUACGAGCAGACUGAUUACAUGGAGGAUCUAGGUAUAGAAUAUAUUACUGAGAUGACGAGCGAUGAUAAUUUCCCCAACUCGCUCCUUGAAGAGAUUCAGCUGUAUAACGUAGCACUGAAACAGGAGGACGGAGAACAAGUGACGGAGGAAGAUAUUUCAGCUUUGUAUCAGGAUUCAUCUCUCCGACUCAGAACCUCGUUAAGAACAAAAACAAACUCCUACAAGCCCCGUAAAUCUCUGAGAUACAAAAUAUCCCAGGUUAAAAACGCAGAAGCAGAUAAUCAGGGAGAUAUCGAGGAGGUUGGGUUCAAUGAUCUCAAGAGGAUACUCGCAAAGAAUGGUUUACCUGUCAGUCCAUCAGGAGAUUCUCUAAACCAACUCACAGAGAGUUUAACACUGAGCGGGUUCCUACAGAAAGCCAAGGAUGCUUUUAUCGCUAAGAUCAGCAAGGGUGAGACCGGGAGCCCUGUUCCACCAGAGAGUCCGCAACCAGAUGAACGGGAAGGAGAACUUCAAUGGCAGCAAAUACAAACCAAAUCUGAUCGUCCAUUAAUUAUCUGUGAUCUUGACUUUACGGACCUCAAGUACGAGGAGGAGGAACAACAAGAGAAUAAAAACAUGAAUGGAGUUCCAGUUCCUCCUCCACUUCCUCCCCCUGCUCCUCCCAAGGCUCCACCCCCACCCGGAUCUACGGGACUACCUACACCCCUACCCAUGGUACCCAAAGAUAAAACAUUGAACUCUAUCUCUAAUUAUAGAAAAACUAAGAAAACAAUAAAAUUGUUCUGGAGAGAGUUAAGACAGAGACAGGAUGGAGUAAAUACGGUUUGGGACGAACUCCUUCCUAUCUCUGUAGAUCACAAGGUUCUGGAAUACUUGUUUGAAUCCAGGGGCAAGGAAACUAUAGUGAAGGAGACAAGUAAGAUUCAAACUGGUCCCGUCAGAGAAAUUGUAGUUCUUGAACACAAGAGAUCAAACUUUAUAAAUAUUGGGAUGACUAAACUACCACCUCCCAGGAUUAUAAAAGAGUCUGUGAUGAAGAUGGAUAGUUCGAUCAUAAACAAGGAGGGGAUUGAGAAGCUACUGACGAUGCUUCCCAGUGAGGAGGAGAUCAGUAGGAUAGAGGAGGCCCAGGAGCAGACCCCGGAGCUUCCCCUGGGAACUGCAGAACAGUUCUUGAUCACGCUCAGUUCUAUUUCAGGACUAGAGGCUAGACUCAGGCUCUGGGCGUUUAAACUUGAUUUUGUUGUUGUAGAGAAGGAAAUAUGUGAACCUCUAGGGGAUCUCAAGCAGGGCCUGGAUAUACUUAAGUCUAGUGUUACAUUUAACGCUAUUCUUAGUGUUAUUCUUGAAAUAGGAAACUUUCUGAACGGAACCGAGUCUAAAGGAUUUCAGAUUGAUUACCUGGCCAAGGUUACUGAAGUCAAGGACACGGUUCACAAACAUUCCAUGAUGUAUCAUCUCACAUUCUGGCUCCUGGAAAGCAUACCAAACCUUAGUGAUCUUUACUCCGAGAUAGGACCAGUCACUAGAGCAUCAAAAACAGACUUUGAAGAGCUUUCUUCUACCCUGAUAAGGAUGGAAGAAGAGUGUAAGAGCGCCUGGGAUUAUUUAAAAAUAAUAACAAAGUUCGAUAUAAGCCACGGAGAUGGAGAGGGAGGAAACAAGAACAAAAUAUCGGAAUUUCUAACCGACGCUGCAGAGAGAAUUAUCGUUAUGCAGAAAAUCAACAAAAUUUUAAAGAAAAGUUUUCAAGAGUUUUUAAUCUGGUUGGGAAUACCAAAGAGUCAGACUCAUGAGUUUAAGGUGAAUCAUGUGUGUAAAACUAUAUCCGAGUUCGCUCUUGAGUUUAGAACAUCUCGUGAAAGAGCUCAGCAAACCUUAAAGUUUAAAAGAGAAGCGAAGGAGCGGAAUAGAUCCCGAGUUAAGCUCCAUGAGCUUGUAAAGAACUCUUCCAAAGGUGAUUUGAACCUACUGCUCGGGGAGAUAGAUGAACCCAGAAAAAAGAAGAAGCACAGAGAACAUAGGAGAAGACGAGAGGAGAAGGACGAGGUGGAAGGGAAAGAACCAAGAGAACGAAGACACAGAGAAGAUGGAGAACACAGAGAAAGGAGAAGAAGAGAAAAAGAGAGCCUGGUGUCCAGGUUGGAUGGAACUAGGAGCAGGGAAGACAGAGAUAUUCAACCUGUUUUGCCUGCUCCGUCGGAUGAAACCGAAGGGGUGGGACGGGUCGAACACAGGCGGAGACGGAGAAGAGAAGAUAUUCCGUUAGAAUCCACCCUUCCUGCAGUAGAACCUGAGGAGAAGGAGAAGAGACGGAAGAAGAAGGUUUCCAGGAAUGUUUCUGAGCAAACAGUUCAACUAAUGAACGGUCAGUCUAUACCGGAGACUGAAGUAGAUGCUGGUCUAUUCCAGAGCUUGAUGGAUAUGGGACGGGUUAAACUAAGGAGAAACGGAGAAAGAAGACGCUCCACAAAAGUUAGGGAGUCCUCCUUGUGUCCGGAACUGAUGAGAUCUAGGACUAGGGAGAAUACGGACCGUUUACUCCAGGAACCAGAUUGAACAGAAAAUUCCUCGGAUUUGUGCAUUCCAAGAUAUAUGGCAGAAACUUGUAGAUCAACAUAAACCUUCUCCUAUAUCAACUCUCAACUAAGACGUACUUGAUGAAUUCUAACUAGCAUGGAGCUGUCAACUCAAUUAUAGAUAAUCCGGCAGUCUUUUAAAAAAUAUAUAUUGUACGUUUUAUAAUCUACAAAAAUAUAUAUAAACUAUACUCACA